AUGUUCUUUAUCAAAAUGAUCACUUAAAUCAAAAGUGCUGGUCAUAACAGAACAAUGUCGUCACAAUGUUUUAUCAUGAACGUGGAGCCUGGGGCGCAGGCACAUACAAGUGACGCCAAACCAGCAGUGAAGGACAAAUUGAUGUCAUAUGAAGAGAAAUCCGUAGGGUCUACGGCCUUCUUUAAGUGCGAGGCGUGCCCGUACAUGGCUCUAGCUGAGGAUGACAUAAAGUUCCACCUGUUCACGGCACAUCCCGACCUCGCAAAGAACAACGGCCUCGCGGACAACAUUCAGAUCAACUGCCCAGGUUGCUCAAGCAUUUUCGACGCGGAAGAGACCUUACGGAACCAUCUGCGCAACCAUCACAAAAUGGGGAUCAAAGACGUCAAGAAAAUGGUGAAAAGCCUCGUCCAACUUGCACUAAAAGAUGCCAAAUUAAAGAAAGAAGACGUCACUAGUCAGCCUGCGCCUCAGGAAGCUGACAUGAAGAUACCACAGGUUAUCGAAAUAGUCCCAGAUAUUGUUAAUGCAAAUAAUGAAUCUCUACCUCAAGGUGUUGCUUUCAUAUCUGUGGAUGAAUUGCAGAAGAUGAGCACACCAAAUUUUGAAAAGGUUGAUCCUAAGGAGAUCAUACAAGAAGCUAGCAUAAACAUUGUCUACACAAAUCCGAUUUCAACCCAGUAUGUCAAUGUGACCAAUGCUGUGACACCGGUGACAGCUUGUAAUGUCUUACAAGUGUCCAGUGUUACUCCAGACCUGAUUUCAUCUAUUCAACCAAGAAAACCCAUAGAUAAUAAUAUUAAUCAGUCUAUGGACAACAUGGAUCCAGUAAACAGACUCAGCAAGCUGGCAAAACUAAUGUGUAAACCUCUGAAUACAGCUACUGAUAAAACGGAGGAGAAAAUAGACCUGGAAACUUUGUUGUGCUCAGUGAACAAUUGUCGGUUUCGGUUAAAAAGCGAAGAAAAAUUAGCAUAUCACAGAAAAUGCCAUUUUAAAAAUAUAUUUAAAUGUCCCGAGUGUGCCAUGGUGUUUGUGGAUACGGAGGCAAUACACACACAUCUCUGGAAGACACAUGAGAUAGACAUGGAGAUGCCGACAUGUGAGAUUUGUGGGUUUAAAACAUACAAACGGGCCAGGUACAACCAGCAUAUAAAGUGCCAUGGGAACGUGAAGGCUUAUCCUUGUACCAUCUGCAAAAAAUCCUUCAAAACCGCCAACCAGCUCUCCAAGCACAAAAUAUUCCACAAGGAAGACCCAGCAUACAAAUGCUCCAUCUGCCCACAGCAGUUCCUCACCAAGCGAAGACUGAAGCUGCAUGUGUCAGCGGUCCAUGAAAAGCUGAGACCGUUCAAGUGUUGCCAUUGCGAUUAUACUGCUUCGAGGAAGGACGAGAUGAAGGUGCAUUUGAGAUCACAUACUGGUGACAAGCCCUACUCGUGUGACCAAUGCAGCUACCGCGCCGCCGAUCACAACGCCAUGAGACGCCACAAAAAAGUACACACUAAAGAAGUCGCAUAUAAGUGCAAACAUUGUCCGUUCAGCACCAUUCAAUCGAACAACUUCGCAAGUCACAUGAUCUCAAUGCACCCCAACGUAACUUCAACUGAUCUCCACCGCUGCCCAUACUGUGUCUUCAAGACUGUCAGUAAAGAUAAGUAUCUCACCCACCUUACUACUCACACAGAUAAAGAAGGAAUACAGUUGUUAAUAGAAAUGACCAAGUCAAAGAAACUAGCUUGGACUGUACCGCGCGAACCUGCGGAGAAAGUUGAAGAAACAGCCAAAGUCAAUGAAGAAAGUAAAGAACAAAGCCCUAAACCAGUUAAUGAUAUCCCUAUUGAAGUGUAUGAUUGUGACAGUUUGUCUGAAACAUUAUCGCAGAAUUUUUCCAAAAAUUAUGCAAACUCUGCCAAUGAAAAGCAGCAGAGUAAUUUCGAUUCACAAGUUAUCGUAACUGAUCUUAGUAAAGACGAUAAUAACUCCGACUGUCUUAUUUCUGAAAGUUCAAAUGAUACUUUAAUGGAUAGGCAGUAUACUACACAACAUACUCUGCAGAAUUUAACAUAUGAUGCUACUCAGGGGAACCUACACUAUUUGAAUACUCCAGUCCCAAUGGAGCAGACUUUGUGUCCAAAUAGCACAGUGAAUUCUUUAGUGUCGAACCAUUCAGUCAUGAGCAAUAUGAGCAACAAUAUCAUGGCUAAUUUCCCCAUCAGACUCCCACCAGCACAACUGUCCAUGCAGAACAUAACUUUAAACUCUGUCCAUAAAAUAUCCCUCCCAAUGACUAAAGUUACCGGACCUAUCAUAAAACCUACACAGAUCCUACCAGUACCCUCAUCUAGUAAUUCCCCUGUCAAUUUAAUAGAGCCAGAUGGGAUGCCUAGGAAAAAACCUAAAAUAUCAGUUAAAAGUAAUCUGAUUUUAAAAGGUCCUGAUCAAGAGAACAUGUUCCAUUCUCAGCAAAAGAUGGCGUUUAAAAGAUUAGAAGAUAAUGAGAGAUUUGGACUCGGAGCAGUUACUUUUAAUAACCUAAUAACAACUCAGUUUAUGCAGCUACAGCCAGAGCCAGAGCUUAGCGAAUCCCCUAAUAAUAUCAUACCGUACCCUCAAGAAACCAUGCUCCAUGACGCCUCCACACCGCCCGUCGACAACGUUGACAAUUCACAGAUGUUCACAUUCAACAAUCAGAUGAACGUGAACUCUAUCAUCCUUCCACCGCCUCAAAAAAUACAAAAUAACGACCCUAGUUACAUUAAAAUAGAAGCUACGAUUAAACAAAACACGCAAUCUCCGAGUUUAGAGCGCAUGUGUAACGCCAACAUAUUGAGUAACCAGUCUCUAAGUCGGGAAUAUAAAGCAUCACCACCUUUAGAAGAUAUUCAUAAGAACUUCAAAGAGAUAAAGAACGAAGUGAAAAGCGACGCAUUUUACAACAUGGCUAUGACCAAUACGACGACAAAUCCUUCUAUAAUAGACCAGUACUUAAUUGAUAAUAUUAUUGGAGAACAAUAUACAGGACAUCUAGAUCUUUCUGCUGGAGCUUUAGAAGUAUCAGAUCCUCAGAACGAUGUCAUCGAAAUAGAUGAUAAUUCAGAUGACAACAAACUACUAUCUCGGUAUGACAUGAACUUUCCUUUAGAAUCUCUGUAUUUAAUGCAUAAUGAUUUCCAUUUUCUAGAAAAUGACGUGCCUAGUGUACCUAAUGAAGUAAAUGAGAUUAACAGGAUAGUGACAGAAGUCCCUAUAUUAAAUCAGAAGGAGAUCUCACAUACAAGUGAAGGUUCUAGUAAUGAUUACCCUAAUUUUAUACAAGGCAAGAAGGAUCCCAUGAUGAACACGUCGGUCAGGCAGUCUGUAAAUAAAAUUAAUGUAAAAAAUAUUGAAUUGAUGAAGGAUAAAUGUAAAGAAUAUUGACGUGAAGACCACCGAAUAAAAAUGAUUGUAUAAAAAUAAAUGAGUCAUGGAAGCAAA